GGCGCGGCGCGGCGCGGUGCGACGCGAUGUGGCGGCGGCGGUAUGUGAGCGGCCGGCAGCUGGAUGGCUUCCGCCACUACAAGUACAGUGCUGUGGAUACAAACCCUUUAUCGGUGUAUGUUAUGCAGCCCAUCUGGAACAAAAUCAUUAAGAUAGUGCCUUUGUGGAUUGCUCCAAACCUCCUCACCUUCUCUGGAUUUAUCAUGAUUUUAGUUAACUAUUUUCUAAUAUCUUUUUAUGACUGGGACUACACUGCUUCAGGUACCAGUCCUGGACGUGUUCCAACCUGGGUGUGGCUGUUCAGUGCUUUUACCACUUUCUGUGCUUAUGCCUUAGAUUCCAUAGAUGGGAAGCACGCUCGAAGGACUCAGUCCAGUAGUCCUCUGGGGGAACUGUUUGACCAUGGGCUGGACAGCUGGGCUACCUCCAUUUUUGUGCUCUCUUUUUUCUCUGUCUGUUCCCGGGACAAUGGGAAGACUGGAGUUUCUGUAUAUACAAUGUAUAUGUAUUUAAGCAUUGUCUUGUUUAACUUUAUGUGUUCACACUGGGAGAAAUAUAACACAGGAGUUCUUUUUCUUCCUUGGGGAUACGAUCUAAGCCAAGUGGUGUUAAUAACAGCAUAUCUGCUCACCGGCAUUGUUGGUGUGGAAGUCUGGCAGAAGCCUUUCCUGUUUGGUUAUUACAUUACAGACGUAUUAGUAAUCUUGCUUAUAGGCUUCAGUUUACUUCUUUCAUUUCCACAAACACUAUACAACAUCCACAGAGCACAUUUAAGGAAAACACUGAAGAAUGAUUCUUUGUAUGAAGGACUCCUACCUCUUGUGUCACCUCUGUUGCUCUUCAUGCUUCUUACAGUCUGGGUGGUUUUAUCUCCAGGCAACAUAUUAGCAAAGCAGCCAAGAUUGUUUUUAUGGAUGGUUGGGGUUACUUUCUCAAAUGUUAUUUGCAAAGUCAUCAUCUGCCAGAUGAGCAGCACACAGCCGGAGCUGCUGCACUGGUUCCUGUUCCCCUUGGCACUGGUGGUCUACGCAGCCAUCUCAGGGCUGCUGGGCCGGGCAGAGGAAGCCGUGCUGGGUGCAUUCACAGCGCUGGUCACGGCUGCACACGUGCACUACGGCAUCUGUGUGGGGAGGCAGCUGAGCGAACACUUCAACAUUUACAUCUUUUCCCUGAAGAAACGUGUCCAAGAGUGAACACCCACACUGUGAUCGGACUGUGACACUUCACAUGAGAUUUCCAGCUUUCUGAUGUGACCAAUGGUGGAAUGAAUCUGAUUAGAGCAACCAAAGAACAGAAUAGCCCAGAUACUCAAACCACUGUGACAACAAUGCUUCAUCUCAGAGGAAAAUUCCUGUCUGGCAGAGAGGCGUUUACCAGGUUGUUCUGCUGCCAGUAUUUACUCUCUUCACUAAUGCCAUAUCCCUGAUGUGAAGCGCUGGUCUUCCUCCUCCUUGCCCUUGUGCCCCAAGCCCUGGGUACCGCCGUGCUGGGUCACGUGGGACCCACCAUGUUUUAUAACCCCUUUCCUGCUCUGUCCACCAGUGGGACCCCACAGUGCAGACCCAGCCGGUUCAUCCUUCUCACUCAGACAUCCGUGCCUGCUGCUGUUUCCAUAUUUGUUUCCUCACAGCUCAUUUCUUCCAUGCAGCCUCCUGAAGGGCUUAUGUACACCCAGGCUUUUCUUCGCCUUAUCUGAAUGCGUGAAGAGAAUGAGAUCAGAAAGUUAUGGGCAUGGCAUAUCUUCCCCCUCUCCAGCAUUAGGAUGAGCCUCAGCUGACCUGCGUCUGUCAAAAACAGGGGCUCCAUACCCAAAGAACUCGCCAUUAUGCUUCUAUUCUAUGCAGCAACCCUGUAAGCGCACCGUUGGUACUUAAGUAGCAGCAAACAGUGUGCCCGACAAAGGUAACCAGCUGAGGAUAGAUGCGGUCAGCAAAGAUGCUCAUAUUUCACUGCCCGAUGGGUGGUUGCUGAUAGGCCGACUCAGCACGCAGCAUUCAAAACCAUGAACAAGCAAUGAAAAACGAGCCACAUUCCAAGCAUUUUUAAGCCCCAUCUCCCAGUGCAAAAUGCUAAGCAAGUGAUUAUUUGCUUGUGUUCCUGAUACGAAUUCUCGUGGUUUUAGAAGAUGGAAAAAACAACAAAGACAAGAAUUGAGAAGAGCUUUUUUGCUUUUUAGCAUCACCCAUUUGCAUGCAGACGUAAACUGCUCACUUCAUCCACAAUCUGCGUGGGUUUUCUGUGUGCCUUGGAAGAAGGCGCAGGAAUCUGAGUUCCAUCUCUUUCCCUAUGCUGCCCUCGCCAAAGGGCCCCGUGGCCCUGCAGUACUAACCAAACUAACUGCCUGCUUGCCCCAAGGGGAGCACUUUAUUACAUUUCUUGCACAGACACAUGAGUGACUGAUCAGCACGCGUAUCCAACAGAGAACUAUCUCAGCCACCAGAAGCAGGGCAGAAGUAGUUAGCGAAUCACUAAACAUUAGACUCAUCAACUUAAUGUGUGCACUGGGGACAAGCCUGUGUGUUGCCUUUCCCCCUUCACACAGCAGCAACCCCAGAUGAACUUGUGCAAUACCAUGUGCUUUGGAAAGAUGCACGUUCCACCUAACCAAUGAGCACGCCGAGGGCCCCUCCACCUCAAUGAACAUCAUGCUACAGACCAAAGAAAGCUUAUGCUCAAGUCAGGCAGUCAUGGGGUUUUGCUGAGGGAGGGAGGCUGCGCGUCAGAAAGUGAGUAGCAGCAGCUUCCAGCCUCCCUCCCUGCUAUGGGCUGUCCCGUCCCUGCCCCAUGUGAUGCAUGAGGCUACACAGAGGUGCUCCCCAGGUCUCUCUCAGAGCCAGGCUGAUGGUUGCUUAAUGAAGGAUGCUACAAACAGUCCUGUGCAUGCUGUGUUUGAAGGGCAUCUGUGAGCCUGAGGCAGGCAUGCACCCAGCGAUCUCACUGGUUGAUGAAGUUAAGCAUUGAUUCAGAUUCAAGAUUCAUCGUUGUAUAAGUCUCACCUAUUUCAAUAUUUUUAACACAUCCAUCAAAAAUAUCUGGAGGAAGUCCUGACAAGAAAAGAACAUGAAUACAGAACCCCAAAAUAUGUCUGGGCUGAAAGUGAUUGUACUGGAGAACUCUGUGGACAGGUUUUCCUUUUCCCUCUGUCUUGCACUUAAUUGUAAAGUAACUGGAAAUAACGGUCACAGAAUUGACACAAUUCAGUGCACUGUACCAGAGUGUUUUGAAAUAUUAUGUUAAUGAAAUUAUAAAACUUGAACUGCCACAGCUGCCUGCACUUGUCUCAUUCUGAAGAAUAACAUCAACUGAAAAGGAAAUCGAGCACUUUUUUUCCUUUUUAAAGUAAUUUGUCACUACAGUCUAUGUAUAGACAAGUAUAAGCAGAGAUAAUGCAAUGCACAGAGUAUAUAUUGAAUUGUUAACCAUCAGAGGUGGUAACAGGUACAAUGAAAGAGAAUAAAAAUGCUCUGUUCAUACAGCA